AUGCCGGCAAGUCUGAACCAGGCAUGGCCUGGUCCUCUGCAUGCCUUCCAUCCUACAGCCCUGCCGGAAAUCCUGCUGUCCAGACGAUGGGACCUGCAGGUUUUGCCAGUCAAGACUGCUGACGUCGUCGCGAUGGCCUCACAAAUCAAGAAUCCUUUCGCAUCCGCUCUGACCAACAAUUCCAGUGGAUUGGGACUCAGGGCUGCCCUGAGUCCGCUCCACAACCUCUAA